AUGGGCCCGACUACCCUUUUUCCUGCGCUAAGCAUAUCUGACACCUCCAGGACCAAGGGAUCCGAAAUACAACAAGCUACUACCGGGCCACUACAUCAACGACGAACUUCUCGCGACGCUCUAGCUUCUGCAUCACAGGCAUCAUCAUCUGGCAGUGCAUUCGACGCCGACCAUAUGAUGAAAGAGCCAGUCACGACGACUGCUCUGCCGGGCGACAAUGCCGCUGCAAUGGGUUCUCGUAGUCGUACACGGUCAGGAGCUUCGACAGCUGGACCCAGCCUACUUGCUCGAGAGCAAGCUCACAUGCUCAGAUCUAUCAGCCACCUCGGCAAAACCCAGACUACUCCACCGGUUACCGUCCCUAUCGAGGAAGACCAUACCGAAUUCAUGGCACGGGCCGGACUUUCGACGGCACAUGUCAUCCCUCCUCCUAUCACAGUCCCACCACCUUCCUACGAAGGGACCACUCCUCCCUCCGCUUCGCCGACCACAUCAGGACCAAGCUCUCCACGCAUGUCCUUCUCCCAGAUUCGAUCCAGGUCCAAACCGACGGGAUUACUGGCAGAGGGGGCGAGUCCGGCCGUCGAAGUACCUUCAAGUAGCCCUCAGUCUUCUAGACAACCUUCUUCUCGAGCCAUUCGCGGCGCAGCCGUUGGCUUCUUCGCAUCGUCCCGCCGCCAAUCAGAAUCCGAGAACACUAUUAGUUCUGGUCAUGCAUUGAAGCCAGGAUCCUCUUCAACGUUCACGUCACCUCAGCAUAAGACCUCUUCACCACAGCUCGGCCGACUAGCGUCUGCUCUCAAGUCAAGAGAGAACCUGCAGCCGACAUCAUCCACAGCAUCUCCAAGCCUGAAGGCAAGCAGACCCAGUGACGCUGGCACCAUUGGGGCCGGGGCCUCCGGAACAGGCUGCAAUCCGAACCUCACCGCCUCUUUUCGGCGACGAGGAUCGGCCCCAGCUCUAGAAGAGCCGAGCAGCUCGAGCCUCUCUCUUGCUCCCCCAAGCAUCAAUCAUCAGAGCAGAAGAUCUAACGAUCCUGCCAUCCCGCUCUAUCCCACAUCAGGCUCUCAUUCAGCACAGCCCGGCUCUGGCUCGGAUCUCGCGUCCCAAGCCCGCCUUGCUCAAGGCUCUGCAGGGCAGAUGACAUCUGGAUCAUCUCAAUCACCGCCCCUGACAUCGCUCUCAUCCUAUGCCUUUCCAACCGCAGGAUCACAGCAAUCCAUGACUCCCGCGGCCUCUACUCUUCCCGAGAGCCCCUCAGCAUCGCCUACAGCCUCAGCCCAUAAAGAGCUGGCGCCCGAGCCCAGUCCGUAUCGGUUUCAGCGCAGUUCCGUAUCUACAAGUCCAGACAACAUCGGCACCUCGACUUCGAACAGAAGCUCCAGAACUUCGUUUGAAAUGUCAAAUCGUGCGGCAAAUCGGAGGCCGACUGCCGCACAAUCUGCAGGCAUGGCCCCUGCUCUUCCCGAGCAUCCACUCGAGGAUGAACGCACAGCAAGCUACACGGGUGCUUCUGCACCUAUGUCCUUCAACGUGUCCCGUGACCUCUCUUCUUCGGCUACGUCAAUCAUGGACAACCCAGGGGAAAGCUACGAUUUCAACGCCACCAUGAGCUCUUCCUACGCUGACACUGCCUCGACGACGAUGUCUCCUUCGAGGUUCAGUAGCGGGCGACCUUCGGUCGACUCACGUCGUGGUAGCCGUAGCAGUGGUCUCAGGCUGGAAAAGCUUAGAAGUUGGGCGAGCCGUUCUAGCCAGAACCUGGGCUUGGACCAGCCAUAUUCUUCUGCAUCUUCCAAUACAAGGAUGAGCAUGGAUGUAUCGGGCCAUCGUGGGCAAGCAUAUGGUGGAGUGCUUCAACCUGGCACGGCCCCCCGCCUGGAUCAGGGCCGCAAGUCGAUGAGCAUCUUCCGACCAUGGGGCGGCAGUGCUGUCGAUGCUUCGCAGAGCGAAGAACAUAGCUCCGCCCUGGCCAAGCUGAGGAGAAGCAGUUUCAUGAGAUCAAGGCCCUCAAUCUCUCGUGACGUCGACGAAAGCGGUGAGGGAUCCAACGACCCAGAUGUGCUCGCAGGCGGCAGCUGGAUGAAAAAGAUCACCGGCAAGAGGGCAAGCAAUAAGCGUGCGAUGGCCUCUUCGGCUCCCCCUAUGCCGGAUCACGUCCCAUUCAGCACAGCGCAAUCGCAGGCCUUUGGACAGACUCGGCCGAGCUCAGAGAUGGAAAUCCUGGAGGAUCCCGAGGUGUCCUUCAGCUCUGCCUUUGGACCCGUGCAGCCUGGCGCCGUUGUGGCUGAAGAACGGACCAAGCAACACGGACCAGAGGAGCAAGUGCCCCACUCAAGUCCCAAGGACCGAUUGCAAAGUGCUGCCCUUGCAGCUCACUUCUCUUCGCGACGCAGCACAUCAACUGACGAGGCGAGCACUGCAUCUGGCAACAGCAGUGCGGCCAACUCUCUUGCGGUCUCUCAACCAUCGUCCGCGAGUCUUCACUCUCAACAUACAGGCAUCACGGCGCCCUCGACUUCGUCGCCUAAUGACGUCGCGCUGGCGCCUUUGACUUCGAACACGACGCUCGCAGCCACUCCUGCUUCGAGGGGUGAGAAGGCUUCAUCUGGCGGUGAAGCUCUGCAGGCGGAGCAAACGUCUACCCGCCCUCAGACACCUCAGACACCCCUUGCAGGCGACUUCUUCGUCGAUGCUCCUGAAGCCCUCACUGUGGCCCACAAACGCAGUGUCGAUCAGCUCUCGGUCUUGACGGCCCCCGAAACGCCUUUGCCAGCUUCACCUGCAGCAAAUGCCACCUCACAAGCAGUCGCAGCGGUGAGGACCACAGAGUCUUCCCGCUCAGCAACACCUGAAGCUAUUGUCACCUCUUCGGACCCACCCCGACGCACUGCAAGGUCCCGACGCUCUUUGUUCCAUGUUCCUCGCCUAAAUUCCAUGCAAGGCAUUCCCAGGCGUCAAGGUGGGGACGACAGCGAAGGCGAGGACAAUGGUGACAGGCGAGGUAGCUCGGGAGGGGAUGGGCGAACUCCCGGAGGCGGAGCAGGUGGUGAUCGAAGCGGUGGCAGCAGCGAGGACGAGACUGAAGCCGACAAUGGGGAGAGUGAAUCCGGCUCAGAGACAGACACCGAUACGGAAAGCCACGACGAAGAAGAGACGGAUGCAGAGGACUCUAGGACGGAGCGAGAAGGGAUGGGCAUGCCUGGCAGUUUCUUCACCGCUGCCGCUGACCUGGACAUGAUGGCCAAUGGUGACGCUGCCCCUACCCCUCAGUCUGCUAGCCCGGCAGUGGAUCGGUUGAGUCGCCGGCCUGGAGACAUCCAGAUGCCUCCUGCACCCAAGUUCGUGGCUGGCCCAUUGAACUCCUCUCCGUCCACUUCUGGUCGUAAUACCCCUUCUGCAAGCAAUCCGGCCGAGGGAGUCAUUGUUGGUCGUUCCGGGUGGUUCAGCUUCCAUCAGACGCCUUUCGAAACGCCCACGCCCGGUCCAGAACAGAACGGCAUGGCCGCGAGGACUCCGAUGGCCUCACAGGCCUACGAACCCUCCUACUUCAGCCAUCGACCCGCCGCUGCUCGAAAUGUCGCCUCGAAUGUUGCCGAUAGCGGAAUACCGCCACCUUCUCCUUCUAUCAUCUCUCGCAGCCGAGCGCCUUCUUCCGCCAGUUCAAGAAGCAUGCGACUCGUACCAACGCCUGGCAGAGAUAUGCCACCUCCUUCUCUGCCGCCAGCGCUUGGUCUGCACCUGAAAGGCAAAUCUACUCAAGCCAGCCGUGCCGGAUCUGGGUCCGCAGCCUCGUCCCCCUUACAGCCUCAAAGAGCGGGUUCGGCUAAUGUUUCGCCUAUGCAGCAACAACGACAACGCUUAGCCACUUCACCUAUCGCCUCUCCAGCGUCUGGUGACCAGACUGUCCCUGGACCGUAUUCGAUGUCGGGCUUGCUAGCUCCAGCACCUCAUCCCGCUAUCGCUGCGUCUCGAUCGCCAAGCAUGAGGUCGACGCAUACCGUGGCUGUAUCCCAAGGGCUCGACGGCUCGAGCGCGCAGAAGCAGCCGGCUCAUCGUCCUGGACUGUACCAGCAGCAGAGCCGGUCACUGAUCAAUCUGCCAAGCUCGAACCGUCAAGCUAAUGCCAGGGAUAUCAUGACGCCGCUGUCACCUAAUCGUCAACAGCCUUUCGCCUCUCACCAGGCAAAGAGUCGACAAGAAGACGACAAAGCAGUCAAGACAGCAGCUCUUGACACCGACUUCGCUUCCAAGCCUCCACCUACUCCAGCCGUCGAGGAUGCACCUCAUCUCCAGCGUCGACGAUCUAUGAUUGAGAUGGCUGCCGUGCCGCCUCCAUACGCUAUCAUCCAUAGCCGACCAGAAGGCCCGCAGAAGAUCUUCCCUCGCGAGGAGGAAGGCAAGGAGCGUCUACCAAAGUAUGGCUGCAGUGUCCACAUCGAAGGCUACCUCUCCCGCAAGAUGGAGUUCAGUGCGCCUAGAGUCCAGGCCAAGGACCGAGGCUGGUCCAAGAAGUACUUUGUACUCCACGGCACCUGCCUCAAGGUCUACCGCAACGACAUGUCGGGCGCUCCUCGCAGCCCGCCAGGAGACAUGCAGGGCCAGCACGUCCACCCAGUGCCCAUCAACGAGGACGGAUCGAAUGGAGGUGCAAGCACGACUCCUGGUGCCAACUUGAUCGAGGCGAUGCAGCACACCCGUCUUCCCUUGGGCUCUCACAACGACUCGCGCAACGGCCUCAUCCGCAAUUACUCUCUUCAGUCCGCCGAGAGUGGCUUAGCUGCCGACUACCUCAAGCGCCGACACGUGGUGCGCGUGCGAGCCGAGGGGGAGCAAUUCCUGAUCCAGACCACCAGCGAUAAGCACGUCGUGGACUGGAUCGAGGCACUGCAGGCCGCUACCAAUGUCUCUCUCGACCUGGAGAGCAGGGCGAUGCCCAAGUUCAUUACGCUACCACGUCGCAGGAGGAGGAGGCCAGCUGCUGCUGCAGGCGCUGCUGGUGCUGCUCCCGGUGCAACAGCCGAGGAGCGCGAAGCGGCCGAUCUGGCCGAAGCCCAGCGACGAUCAUUGGCGGAAGCUGCAGGGAACGGAAGGGCCAGCACCUCGACGGCUGCUACUGGCACUGCUUCGGGAAGAAGCACCUCAGCCCCGCGCAGCACAGAGGGUACGCCCGCUCCUAGUGCUGCUUUUGACGAUAUGCUGCGCGAGGAGCAUGAGGAUAUGGCAAGGCCCGACCAGCGCGAGUCGGUCGCCUGA